AGAUGCCUCUAAAUUCUACACACUGCACCUUUAAAGGAAUAACCUCGCAGGGCAGCUGGAUUCACAACAUCACGAGAUUAAAUGAGAAGUGCUUUUUGAAAGUGCCGGCCCUUUUCCAAACGUUCUGUGUAACAAACCAUCUGGUGCAUCAGGUUGUUAAAGGAGAGCAGAUAAAUCACAUGUAUUUGUCAGAAGGGCUGAAAUGACUCUAGAGAAGCUGCGAUGGAAAUGUGUUGUUUAUGAACAGCGUCUCUAUUUGCUGCCACUUCUGGCAGCCUUUUAACUCCACAGCGGAGAGCUACAUCAUCAGAGGAACUCUCGUUUUGAGGGUGAUUUUCAAUCAUGUGGUAUUGUGUCUCGAGCGUCUGUAUGUUUUUGUUCCAAACACUCAAAUUCACUGAUUAGUAAACAAACAAAACUGAUUUUGGGGAGCUUUGAGGGAUGAUUCACUGAACGACGGCUGACAAAAGAUAUUUCAAGUGUCUCAAAGAAAUGAUUGCUGGCGACUAAACCCCAGGCACAGAGGAAAAUCAGAAACUAAGGCUGGGCGUGUUGUUUAAAGGCAGAAGCGAGCGGGACACAGCAUUCAAAGUUGGCCCCUCCUCCCCAGUUCAACAACACCAGAAGCCCCUGACCGCAGUUGCCAGAACGCAGCCCAAUGUCGCCCUCACACCCUGAGCGCUGUUAUUGGCUGGAGGCUACACACCUGCUGCCCAAAGGUUGAUGCCCAGAAACAUCCAGAGUCUCUGCAGAUAAAUACACCGCCACACACUUCUACUGGCUCAUAAGAAAUGUAUAAGAGGGAUUAUUAUUGUCUAUACAUUUUUUACUACUCAUUCUGCCUUUAAGGUACCAGUGAGAAUGAUACAAGACAGUAUGAUCCAGGAAGUUGAGUUGUAGCUACAGAUUAAUGCAUUUAAAGGCUUAUCAGACGCCAAAACACCACACAGCGGUUUGUAAAAUUCACAGACAGGAUUUUACAACUCUGGAAAGUUAACACAGCGUCCACGUUACAAAGCGGUCCACCAGGAAUGUGUGUUCCUGCAUGCAUGUGAUUGGCCAACACAGCAUCUUGCUAGAUGACGUCACAUCGCAACAAAAGGCUCCGGCAGUCACAUAUCCUGGGAUCAUAGCGCUUUUCAAUUUCUGAGGCCUCUGAGGAAGAAAAAGGACAAUCUGCUCAGCUGUAAUCCUGCACCAGUCAGUGCUAGUGGUUUAACUCUCGGACUGACUGAAGUCAACAAGAUGAAUGUCUGUGGUGUGGAGGAAGAGGAGGAGGAAGGGGAGGACAGAGCAGAGUCUCCAGACUUCAGUAAUGUACCUGGACCCUCAAACACAAAACGUCAGAGAACAGAGUCUCCAGUAUCCAGCUGUCUGUCUAUGAAGAGUGACCAGUCCAAAGGUCAUCCUCCAGACAUCAGUAAUGAACCUGGACCUUCAGACACAAAACGUCAGAGAACAGAGUCUCCGGUAUCCAGCUGUCUGUCUAUGAAGAGUGACCAGUCCAAAGGUCAUCCUCCAGACAUCAGUAAUGAACCUGGACCUUCAGACACAAAACGUCAGAGAACAGAGUCUCCGGUAUCCAGCUGUCUGUCUAUGAAGAGUGACCAGUCCAAAGGUCAUCCUCCAGACAUCAGUAAUGAACCUGGACCUUCAGACACAAAACGUCAGAGAACAGAGUCUCCGGUAUCCAGCUGUCUGUCUAUGAAGAGUGACCAGUCCAAAGGUCAUCCUCCAGACAUCAGUAAUGAACCUGGACCUUCAGACACAAAACGUCAGAGAACAGAGUCUCCGGUAUCCAGCUGUCUGUCUAUGAAGAGUGACCAGUCCAAAGGUCAUCCUCCAGACAUCAGUAAUGAACCUGGACCUUCAGACACAAAACGUCAGAGAACAGAGUCUCCGGUAUCCAGCUGUCUGUCUAUGAAGAGUGACCAGUCCAAAGGUCAUCCUCCAGACAUCAGUAAUGAACCUGGACCUUCAGACACAAAACGUCAGAGAACAGAGUCUCCGGUAUCCAGCUGUCUGUCUAUGAAGAGUGACCAGUCCAAAGGUCAUCCUCCAGACAUCAGUAAUGAACCUGGACCUUCAGACACAAAACGUCAGAGAACAGAGUCUCCGGUAUCCAGCUGUCUGUCUAUGAAGAGUGACCAGUCCAAAGGUCAUCCUCCAGACAUCAGUAAUGAACCUGGACCUUCAGACACAAAACGUCAGAGAACAGAGUCUCCGGUAUCCAGCUGUCUGUCUAUGAAGAGUGACCAGUCCAAAGGUCAUCCUCCAGACAUCAGUAAUGAACCUGGACCUUCAGACACAAAACGUCAGAGAACAGAGUCUCCGGUAUCCAGCUGUCUGUCUAUGAAGAGUGACCAGUCCAAAGGUCAUCCUCCAGACAUCAGUAAUGAACCUGGACCUUCAGACACAAAACGUCAGAGAACAGAGUCUCCGGUAUCCAGCUGUCUGUCUAUGAAGAGUGACCAGUCCAAAGGUCAUCCUCCAGACAUCAGUAAUGAACCUGGACCUUCAGACACAAAACGUCAGAGAACAGAGUCUCCGGUAUCCAGCUGUCUGUCUAUGAAGAGUGACCAGUCCAAAGGUCAUCCUCCAGACAUCAGUAAUGAACCUGGACCUUCAGACACAAAACGUCAGAGAACAGAGUCUCCAGUAUCCAGCUGUCUGUCUAUGAAGAGUGACCAGUCCAAAGGUCAUCCUCCAGACAUCAGUAAUGAACCUGGACCUUCAGACACAAAAGAGAAGAAGAAAAAGAGGAGUGGUGUUUCGGUGGAGGAGCAGCUGUCCUACUGUUCUUUGUGUCAGGGCAUCCUGAAGGAUCCAUUCUCUACCAGCUGUGGGCACUUGUUCUGCAGACAGUGCAUCACCUCAUACUGGGACCAGUCUCCUUCAUCAGGAGAUUCCACCUGUCCCCAGUGUGUAGAAAGUUCCAAAACAAGACCUGGACUGCAAACAGACAGUCAUGCCAGCACUGUACAAAUGAAUGUUGCUCUCCCAGAGGUUUUAGAUAAACAUAAGAAAAGACUGAGGAGGACAUCUGAAUCUGUGAGUGAAGGAACUGAAGAAGCAGCAGGUGAAACCCUCCUCAACAGGAUCUUUACUGAGCUCUACAUCACAGAGGGACAGAGUGAAGAGGUUAAUACCCAACAUGAAGUCAGGCAGCUUGAAGCAGCUUCCAAGAUGAAGACCCUCCAUGACACUCCAAUCAAGUGCAAUGACAUCUUUAAAGUCUUACCUGACCAACAGAGACAUACCAUCAAAGUCGUUCUGACAAAUGGCGUCGCUGGCAUUGGAAAAACCUUCUCAGUGAAGAAGUUCACUCUGGACUGGGCAGAGGGCUUGGAAAACCAAGAUGUCAGUCUGGUGAUUCUGCUUUCCUUCAGGGAGCUGAACCUGAUCAAAGAUGAACAGUAUAGUCUCCUCACACUGAUCCAUGAUUUCCAUCCAACAUUACAGGAGGUCACAGCAGAGGAGCUCGCCGACUGUAAAGUUUUGUUCAUCUUUGAUGGCCUGGAUGAAAGCAGACUUUCACUGGAUUUCAAGAACAGGAAGGUUGUGUCUAAGGUCACACAGAAGUCAUCAGUCAGCGUACUCUUAACAAACCUCAUCGAGGGGAAUCUGCUUCCCUUGGCUCUCGUCUGGAUAACUUCCCGACCUGCAGCAGCCAAUCAGAUCCCUCCUACAUGUGUUAACAGGGUAACAGAAGUACGAGGCUUCACUGACACCCAGAAGGAGGAGUAUUUCAGGAGGAGAUUCAGUGAUGAAGAGCUGUCCAACAGAAUCAUCUCACACAUCAAGACAUCCAGGAGUCUCCACAUCAUGUGUCACAUCCCAAUCUUCUGCUGGAUCAUUGCUACAGUUCUGGAGCACAUGUUGACUACAGACCAGAAAGGAGAGCUGCCCAAGACCCUGACUGACCUGUACUCACAUUUCCUGCUGGUUCAGACAAAGAGGAAGAAGCACAAGUAUGAUGAGGGACAUGAGAUCAGUCCAAAGGAGCUGAUGGAGGCUGACAGACAAGUUCUUCUGAAGCUGGGGAGGUUGGCAUUUGAACAUCUGGAGAAAGGAAACAUCACAUUCUACCAAGAAGACCUGAAGCGGUGUGGUCUUGAUGUCACAGAGGCCUCAGUGUUAACAGGAUUUUGUACAGAGAUCUUCAAAAGAGAGAGUGUGGUCUUCCAGAAAACAGUCUACAGUUUUGUUCAUCUGAGUGUUCAGGAGUUUCUGGCUGCAGUCUACAUGUACCACUGUUACACCAGCAGGAAUACAGAGGUACUGAAGGACUUCCUGGGAAAAUACUACAGUUACUCAUCCCUGGAUGACUUCCUGAAGAGAGCCAUGGACAAAUCUCUGCACAGUAAAAAUGGCCACCUGGACCUAUUUGUUCGCUUCCUUCAUGGCCUCUCUCUGGAGUCCAACCAGAGUCUCUUAGGAGGCCUGCUGGGUCAGACAGAGAACAGUCCAGAAAUCAUCCAAAGAGCUAUCAACAACCUUAAGAAGAUGAACACCUAUGUGUCUCCUGAGAGAAGCAUCAACAUCUUUCACUGUCUGAUGGAGAUGAACGACUGCUCAGUAAAUCAGGAGAUCCAAGAGUUCCUGAAGUCAGAGAACAGAUCAGAGAGGAAACUCUCUGAGAUCCACUGCUCAGCUCUGGCCUACAUGCUGCAGAUGUCAGAGGAGGUUCUGGAUGAGUUGAACCUGAAGAAGUACAACACAUCAGACCAGGGACGACAGAGACUGAUUCCAGCUGUGAGGAACUGCAGAAAGGCUGUGCUUGAGAACUGUGGACUCUCAGAGACUCACUGUGAAGUCGUGGCCUCAGCUCUGAAGUCCAACCCCUCCCAUCUCAGAGAGCUGGAUCUGAGUGGAAACGACCUGCAGGAUUCAGGAGUGAAUCUACUGUCUGCUGGAUUGGAGAGUCCAAACUGUAGACUGGAGACUCUGAGAUUGAGUUCCUGCAGGUUGUCAGAGAUCAGUUGUGCUUCUCUGGCCUCAGCUCUGAAGUCCAACCCCUCCCAUCUGAGUGAGCUGGAUCUGAGAGAAAAUGAGCUGCAAGAUUCAGGAGUGAAGCUGCUGUGUGAUUUUCUGGAGAGUCCACACUGUAAACUGAAGACUCUGAGAUUGAGUGGCUGCAGCUUGUCAGAGAUUAGCUGCACUUCUCUGGCCUCAGCUCUGAAGUCCAACCCCUCCCAUCUGAGUGAGCUGGAUCUGGGAGAAAAUGAGCUGCAAGAUUCAGGAGUGAAGCUGCUGUGUGAUUUUCUGGAGAAUCCACACUGUAGACUGAAGACUCUGGGAUUGAGUGGCUGCAGUUUGUCAGGGAUCAGCUGUGCUCCUCUGGUCUCAGUUCUGAAGUCUAACCCCUCCCAUCUGAGCGAGCUGGUGCUGAGCUACAAUAAACUUGAGGAUUCAGGAGUGAAGCUGCUGUGUGAUUUUCUGGAGAGUCCACAUUGUAGACUGCACACUCUGAGACUGAGUUCCUGUAGGUUGUCAGAGAUCAGCUGUGCUUCUCUGGCCUCAGCUCUGAAGUCCAACCCCUCCCAUCUGAGAGAGCUGGAUGUGAGUCUCAACAACAUACAGGAUUCAGGAGUGAAGCUGCUGUGUGAUUUUCUGGAGAGUCCACACUGUAAACUGAAGACUCUGAGAUUGAGUCGCUGCAGUUUGUCAGAGAUCAGUUGUGCUUCUCUGGCCUCAGCUCUUAAGUCCAACCCCUCCCAUCUGAGAGAAGUGGAGUUGAGAGACAACGAGCUGCAGGAUUCAGGAGUGAAGCUGCUGUGUGAUUUUCUGGAGAGUCCACACUGUAGACUGGAGACUCUGAGAUUGUGGCGCUGCAAAUUGUCAGAGAUCAGCUGUGCUUCUCUGGUCUUAGCUCUGAAGUCCAACCCCUCCCAUCUGAGAGAGUUGCAGCUGAGCUUCAACAAAGUGCAGGAUUCAGGAGUGAGGCUGCUGUGUGAAUUUCUGGAGAGUCCACACUGUAGACUGGAGACUCUGAGAUUGAGUGGCUGCAGUUUGUCAGAGAUCAGCUGUGAUUCUCUGGCCUCAGCGCUGAAGUCCAACCCCUCCCAUCUGAGAGAGCUGAAGCUGAAUGAAAAUGAGCUGCAGGAUUCAGGAGUGAAGCUGCUAGUUGAUCUUAAGGAGAGUCCACACUGUAGACUGGAGACUCUGAGAUGGAAAUCAUGAUUUCCUUAAGAAAUCAGCUGUAGAUCAGCUGUAUCCCGAUGAUCCAGAGAGGUGGAAGCAGCAGCAGCUUGUGUGUAGAGAGGCUCUGACUGGGCCAUGUUACUGGACUGUAGAGUGGAGAGCAGAGCUUCAUCCAGCAGUUACUGACAGAGAAAUCUGAAGAAAUGGAGAUGGCUCUCAGUGCUGCAGUCUGAACUGAUCUGAGAACAGCUCCACUGUCAGACACAAAGUCAAGUCCACCAUCAUCCCUGUAUGUUCCUCUGGAUCUGACAGAGUAUCAUCAGUGUAUUUGGACUGCUCUGCUGCUGCUCUGUCCUACACAGUCUCUGCAUACACACUGAGACUCCUCCACCCAAACAUCUCCUCCACCCUCCUCCUGCACCUAAGUCUGAAUAUUGAUUUUGAUCCACCUGGAUCAUCUCCAGCAGGGGCUUGUUUACAAAGACUUCUAAAAAUUAUAUCUUUGUAUUUAAGUUUGAAUUUGGUCUAAAACUGAAAUCUCCUGCCUCUUUGCUUUCAAACAUAUGACCAUCUGUAUCUGUUGAAACCAGAUUGACACUACAGAUUAUUGCAGAAUCACUUGGCACUAUAACAUACUAUCUUAUUAACUUACUUACAGGACCUAUAAUAUGGCAUCUGACUUUACUCUAAAUAAAGUCAAAGUCAAGUCAGCCAAAAAGGUUGGAGACCACUGGUUUCCUCUCGUGUUAUGUUCACAAUGUGUUGUAUUUUAAAAGCUUGUUAUAUUAUCCAGGACAGAUCAAAACAUUGUGAGCUAAUAAAUAUUCCAUUAUAUUUUUACCUACUGGAAAUCAGGAACUAUAUAACACUAUGCAUCUUGUCUAUUGUGUUUAGGAUAGUUUAGAUUGGGCGGAGUGAAAUGAGAUAUCCAGUUUAUUGUCAGUGUUCAAUGGUCCUACUGUUUUCUACUGACAUUUAAGUAGACAUGUUCCUCUGAUGAAGCUGUCCCUGUGCUUUUACUUACCCACAACCCAAAAUCAGAAUUAAUCAGAUAGUUAACUCUAACUUACACCAGCGUUACACUACAUAUGAACCCAAAUAUACUAAGUGGGUACUUACCAACUAAACCAACUUAACCUUUUUGCAUAUAAAUUAUACAAAAUUGAACCACUCUGUUGCACUCUUUCUGUAAAAUGUCCUAUAAAUUACCUGCAAAUUACACAGAAAAUAUCCAGGAAAUUAGUAUAAAAUUAAAGGACCUGUAAGAUAAAUAGUUACCAUUGCUUUUACUAGCCUACAUCUUUUAAACAUGUACAGUAUAUAGGUGCAGCAAGGUAGUGUUGUAUAUGUGUCAUAUGUAUGAGAUAUUAUGUAUAUUGUGUGACCUUUCAUCAAACAGUGAGUCCCCCAUUUUCCAGCCCAUUCCUACCGUGGCCAACCAACACACUCACCAACCACCCCAGCCAAAGAAUGUAAAACCUAAAAAAAUGGAGAUUGCAGGGAAAUUGCCAUCUGCAACUUCAAAGGAUCAAUAAA